AAGGGUAAAUUAAUAUUAACUCGAUCUUGAUCAUGAAGCAAUACCGUUCGUUAUCCCACGAAGGUCACCUCUAGUAUCGAUUGUCUACAUUCUACCGUUGGACGAGCUGUCUACACCCCGGAACUGUACGCGGUCAUGUAUGCCGGCUCGGACCAUAUCAUUCCGCGAGCUGCCAAAACUCGCUCCGCCUUCCGCUGAAAUUUUCUGGCAGCGACUGGGAGAAAAGGGCUUUAUACAACCCCCUGGAAAUAUCUUUGGUAGUGCUGCACCGCAAAGUGACUUUUACUCGUCCUACUAUCUGGCAGAAAAUCAGUUCUCGCCUGGUUCUUUCGAUACCGACCAGUUACCGUCCGAUCUAUUGGCUACGAUUCUGGAAGACCGAAAGUGGAAAAAUUGUAGCGAGGACGGAACAGCCAAUGUAAAAAUUCACUUGGCGGCUUUCGAGCCGGCUGUGGUCACUAACAGAGCUAAUGGUUCCUUUUCCGGAAUGACCGUUCUACCGUUUUCCUUCGUGCCGACCAUCAAGGAGAAAGUUUACGUAAGAAAAUUGGCCUUGCCCGGACUGCGAAAUGUCUCAGGACGCUAUUAUAAAUAUGACCCGCGCUUCCGCGAUAUCUUUGGAGAAGAAACUGGUAUUAAGUCGCUGCGAUCGCGUCCGCUGAAUCGGGCUUAUUCCUUUCGUAUGUACCUGGACCGACCGAUGUCCAUACAGCUCAUGCCGGAACUGGAAAGGCUAAUGCAAAAGCGUCUUAAUGCCAAUACAACAGAGAACAGCACAAGUCCGUCCGUCUGUGGAACUUGGACCCGGACGGACUGAGUAUCAGUUUUUUCGUCUAUUUUAAUCGCUUUGUAUGGGAUGCUGUGGCUCAACUCGAUGGUCGAUUAUCAUACGCGCAAGC